AUGGCGCAACUGCGGCAUCACUGCGUUAGUCAUUCCGCCACCUAUUCCGCCACUCAUUCCGCCACUCCUUCCGCCACCCUUUCCGCCACUCUUCCUCUUCCCCGCGGGACUGAGGCGCGGAAGCCUCCUUUCGCUCCCCCCCUCUUGCGCGCGCCCCCGCAAUUUCCCAAACCUGCUGUAGCGCUCCGCGGCAGCAGCGGCGUGAAAUGCGCUUCUGGAUUCAGCAGCAGGUUCGGGAGGAGUAGUAGCGAAAGCUCACGGCUCGGGCCGUGCCAAGGUCCGAGGCUCGAAUCAGGUCCGAGGUUCGGGUCACACCAUGCCACCUGUUCAGGUCUGGCCCGGCGCAGCAACGCUACGGGCCUAGGGGGAAGGCUCGGAAGCAGCCACGGAUGUGACAGUAACGGGGGGCUGGUUGGCGGGGAAAGGGGGAGGCGGAAUGUGAGAAAAGCGAAUGUGCGUAUAACGAGGGACGUGCGGGCGGCAGUGGGGGUGGAGAUUGGCUCGUCGGCGGCUCAGGAUGUGAUUGGAACGCUGGGGCUCGAUACACUCACGUUCCUGGUGGCCACCGUUAUUGUCAUCCCCUUCUUCCGCAGCUUCAAUGCCAGCCCGGUGAGUUGCAGAGGCUCCCUGCUCUCUCAGGAGUGGCGCUCAACCAGAUUCUCGCCUUCCUGCUCUGCUUUCAGGCGUGGCGCUCAACCAGCUGGGACUCAUUCGCACUUUCAAGACUUCUCAAUACCCUUUCUCUCCCAUCGUCCCUCCUUCCCUCCCGCCAUUUGUCCCCUCUUUCCCAUACAUCAGAUUCUCGGCUUUCUGCUCUCAGGAGUGGCGCUCAAUCAGCUGGGCCUCAUUCGCAACAUCUCUGAUGUCAAGGCUCUCUCGGAACUCGGAAUCCUCUUCCUGCUCUUUGAGAUGGGUCUCGAGCUGUCUAUCGAGCGCCUGAGGGCUCUUGCCAAGUUUGCCUUUGGCAUGGGCCUGCCACAGGUCCUAUUCACAACGCUCGCCUUUGCAGCGUUCGAGCUCCCACCCGACCAUGCCAUCGGCACCCGCAUGCUCGAGUGGGCUGCCUCUGCCCGCCCUGACCUGGUGAACAUCCGGUCAGUGGACGAGGCUCUCGUGAUCGGGGCCGCCCUCUCUCUCUCCUCCUCCGCUUUUGUGCUUCAGCUGCUCUCAGAGAAGGGAGAGCUCGCCACCCGCGUCGGCUCAGCCACUCUUGGGAUUCUGCUUUUGCAGGACAUAGCAGUGGUGCCUCUACUGGUCAUUCUCCCCAUCCUCGAGAGUGGGGAUUUUACUGAUGACAGUCUAUUCCCGCUCCUCGCAGCAGCAGGCCUCAAGUCCCUGCUAGGUCUGGGUGUGCUGCUCUACAUGGGCCGGCUCUUUCUCAGAAGGUUCUUCGAGUUUGUGGCCGAAUCACGCAGCACAGAGGCCUUUGUCGCUCUCUGUCUGCUCACAGUCACGGGCACGUCUCUGAUUACCAGCAAGCUUGGUUUCAGUGACUCGCUCGGAGCGUUCUUGGCAGGAGCAUUGCUGGCAGAGACAAACUACCGCACACAGGUGGAGGCAGACAUUCGUCCCUUCAGGGGUCUGCUGCUGGGGCUCUUUUUCGUCACCACCGGCACCUCCAUUGAUCUCAGUCUCCUAGCAGCGGAGUGGCCCAACAUACUCCUCCUCCUCUCCGGCCUCAUAGCCAUCAAGACUGCCAUCAUUACGGCGCUCGGCCCGCGUGUCGGCCUCUCCCUCCCCGAGUCCAUCCGCACGGGGUUGCUUCUCUCCCAGGGAGGAGAGUUCGCCUUUGUCGUCUUUGCCCUCGCCAGCCAACUUGGCGUUCUACCAGAUGAGCUAAAUCGGCUGCUCAUUAUCGUGGUUGUGCUUUCCAUGGCUCUCACUCCUCUGCUCGACUCCCUGGGGCGGUCAGCAGCAGAGGCGUUAGAGAAGCGGGAGAGGGAGAAGCGGAAGGCAUUAGGGGAGGAUGAGGAGGAGGGGGAGGGGGAGGAGGGGUUGGAUGUGGUGGGAGGCGGCAAGAGGAAGGGGCGAAAGAAAGGCGGAGGAGGAGGAGGAGGACAUGGGGGUCACUAUGGGGGGGCUGAGCCUAUUGUUAUUCUUGGCUUCAACCACAUGGGGCAGGUGCUCGCCAACAUGCUAUCCACGCCGCUAGCCACCAUCUCAGGGGGGGGGGGGGGAGAUGCACCUGGGUGGCCCUUUGUGUGCUUCGAUCUCAACCCCAACCGCGUCAGGAUGGGAAAGCGCCUUGGCUUCCCGGUCCUCUACGGUGACGGGUGCCGCCCGGCAGUGCUCGAGUCGGCCGGCAUUCCUCGUCCGCUAAUGGCCAUCGUGGUGUACUCGGGGCGGCAGCAGACGGUGUAUUCUGUGGAAAGACUACACGAUGCCUUCCCAGGGCUGCGCAUAUACGCCCGAGCAGUGGACGCGAGUCACCUGGCAGAGCUAAGAAAGGCGGGUGCCACAGACGUGGUUCUGGAGAGCGCAGAGGUGAGAGGACCUGUGAAUGGAGGUGAGAGGUUGAGGAGAAAGGCUGGUGGCACUGACGUGGUGCUGGAGAGCACAGAGGUGAGACACGUGGGGAGGAUUAUAGAGGGGUACGAUGCGGUUGUAGAGGCUGCUACUCGCCGCACCACAUGGGAUAGGAUCAUGAGAGAAAGGCUGGACAGGAUCGGGAGACACGUGCUGUUAGAGGCUGGACUUCGCCUGGGCUCCAUGCUACUCCAAGACAUGGGGGUGAUGCGAGAUGAUGUGGUGUUCCUGCGAUGCCAGCAUGUGUGCAUGCAUCCUCCCCUCUGCUUCCCCCAGGCCGGCCUCCGUCUCGGUUCCAUGCUACUCCAAGACAUGGGUGUGAUGCGAGACGAUGUGGUGUUUCUCCGGCGCCUCAUGAGAGAGGCUCUUGACACGGAGGCUGCCAACCGCCGCACGGGGCAACGGUUGCUCAAGGACAGAUCUGAACUGGGCGGCAGCUGGCCGGCCAAGGAGGAGGAUUUGAGCGGCAAGCGGUCGGUGAAGGAGGAUUUGGGCGGCAAGGGGGUGGGGAAGGAGGGCGAGGAUGGUGCAGGAAAGGAGGGUGACUGGGAAAGUGAUUCGAGUGGGGAUGGGAAGGGAGAGGUUGGUGGAGGGAGUGAUGGGCUGAUUACACGGGCUCAAGCAAUAGAUGCAGCGGUGGGAUUUGUGAGUGAGGAUAAUGAGAAUGGGGAUGCUGGAAAUAAUGGUGAUGGUGGUGAUGAUGAUGGUGAUGGUGAUGGAGAUGGUGGUGAUACUGGUGCUGCUACACCCGCAGAAGGAAGUGAUGUGUUGAUCACAAGAGCCCAAGCGCUCAAUGCAGCGGGGGCAUUCGUCACCAGUGAUGAUGACAAUGGGGACGCUGGUAAGAAUGGUGAUGGCACUGGUGGUGAUGGUGUGUUGGAGGGAAAGGGGGAGCACCUAGAAGAGGGUACAACCAGUGGGGUCGAGAGCGGUGUGAGUGGAAAGGCUGUUACUGGCAGCUUGACAGGUGGGGCUGAUGUGAAGAAUGGUAACUCCGGCUCGGUAAGAGCUAGUGGAGAAAGUGAGUCGAUUUUGGAGAGAGCUGGCACCGAGGGCGUGGAAGAGGAGCGUACAUUUUCAACAAGUGAUGAUGGGCUACAGUACUUUUCGGAUGGUGAGGAUUUUGUUGAUACGAAGCUAGGUUGCAACUCCAGCAGUACUCCUCGCGAGCUAUGA